ACUAAAACAGACGAUGAAAGAUAGACGAGUAAAAUACGAGUUUCUUCUAAUCAUCUCAUUCGUAAAGUGAUGUUGAGUUUGUGUAGUUUCGAUCCGAAGUCAAUGAAUUUACCUACUUAUCGCGAGUUUGUGAAGUUUGCUUAGAGGAAAUAAAAAACAACCGGUGCAAAAUGAGGAUCGAGAAGAAAAUGUACAAAAAAUUGAAUAAAAUCAGACGUGACGGGAACUGUUUAUUUCGAUGCUUGUCUCUCAGUCAUCACGGACAUGAAAAAUACCAUCGCAAAAUGAGGACUGAAAUUGUCCAAUAUAUCGUUGAAAAUUGGACCGACUUCGAACCGUACAUCAUUGGAGACUCGUCGUAUAGCAUAAAAGUCACAAAGAAACAAGAUUACGUUACGCAUAUGAGCUCUGGUGGCGUUUUUGGAGGUGAAACAGAGCUCACAGCUUUCGUCAAGAUGAAUCCUCAAUACAGCGUUCAUAUAUCGCAUCGUAAAUCAGAAAAUUCAAAGACAUACGGCAGAGGUCCAAAAUCAAUAUUUCUCAAAUAUUCCGGACCAUACGAUACGGGACAUUACGAUGUUUUAAUUCCAGUCUCCGCCUCGUCCAAAUUCAACACAGCAUCAAAUACCGAACCCAAUAAUCCAAAGAAAUGUGCAUUCAACGAGAAAAAAAGGAUCAAGGCGCUCAAGUAUCUCGGGGAUAUUCAAAAUUUACCAGAACUGAUAAUUGAAUUUGAAACCGAAAAUAUGGAUGUAAAAUGUCAUUAUUGCGGAUCGUUGAAGAGUAAAUGCAACCCAUUGGACAGUCGAAAUUUACCAACACCGAUUAUUGAAUUUCAAAUAGAAAACGUGAACGUGAAACGUCAUUAUUGUGUAUCAUGGAGAUGUAAAUGCAACCCGUAACUUCGUCGUCGAAUAUCUUUCUGGAUCAGUAUUUUAAUAACAACACAUCUUUAAAAAAAAAAAAUCUUUAAAAAAUUUCAUCCAGAAGCAUUCAUAAAUGUACAAAUAAACACGCAAAAAACUGAAAAAAAUUAUGAAAAAAAAAUUAUCAAAAUAAUAUAAAAUCACAAAAAUUGAAAAAAGUCCUACUUAUUUUGAAAAAGCAACACACACCUAUUCGACUAGAUAAGAUUUCACUCAACUACAACAAGUAGUAUACUUAUUAAAAUCUUACAAGUAGGACGACAAUAACAACCUUUCUCGGAAAUUUUUCGAGUGUUUCAUGUACUACCUAAUCAAAUAAAAACACUCCACGUAUUUGAAAUAUGCAGACAUUUGUGUAUUUGACGUAUUGAUAAAACGAGUGAAGAACCCACUCCAGUUCAAAAUGGACCAUUACUUGCACAAAUCAAUGAUCGAAUCAUGGAUUUAUAAAAAAAGAUUACCUAAUAUUUCGUCUGCAAAGCAGCUCUUGACAUCAUUAAUGAUAAAACCACGAUGAUACUUAGCUUAUUUGUAUUUUGUGAUACACAAUUUGAAAUACAUAUAAACCAGUAAAAAUCAACUGAACGGGCACAUUCGAGUCUGGAAUCUUUGCAAGUUACGUGGAAGAAAUUUUCAAAGUGAUCGUUUCGAAAUGAAAUUCGUGCAAAUUCUAAGUUCAUUAUUAUUCGUAAUAUGCGGUUCCGCAGCUUUGGAUAGAACAUGGUGGAAAUAUGCCACAAUAUACGAAGUAUUUUUAAAAUCUUUCAAAGACAGUGACGGCGAUGGAAUCGGAGACUUUAAAGGAUUAACGUCGAAACUGGACUAUUUCGAAGAUCUUGGAGUGGAUACGAUUUGGGUGACACCAUUUUAUACUUCUUCGGGAGCUGACGGAGGUUACGAUAUUACAGAUUUCUAUGGAAUCGAUCCUCUUUACGGAACAAUGGCGGAUUUCGAAGAAUUUUUGAAAGAAAUGAAGAAACGAGAUCUGAACUUCGUAAUGGAUUUGGUGAUCAACCACAGCAGCGAUGAGCACGAAUGGUUUCAAAAAUCGAUACAAAAAAUAGAACCGUAUAAAGAUUACUACGUUUGGGUUGAUCCAAAAGGAUACACCGAAGAUGGUAAACCUAUUCCGCCGAAUAAUUGGGUGAGCAUUUUCAAUUUCACCAAACCCUGUACAGGAUGGACUUGGAACGAGCACAGACAACAGUAUUAUUUCCAUCAAUUUCUUGCAAAACAACCAGAUUUCAAUUUACGCAAUGAAAAUGUCAAGAAAGAAUUACAAGCACUGAUGAAAUUCUGGCUGGAUAAAGGUGUGACAGCUUUUCGAAUAGAUGCUCCUCCAUUUUUCAUGGAAGAUCCGCUACUUCGAGAGGAGUAUUAUGGGAACGAAUUCGCCAAAAUCGUAGCAGGGGCUGAAGAAAGAAGUAGUCGACGAUUUCAUCAUCCAGAUAACUUCCCAUUCCUCAACGAAAUAUACCUAUUUCUUCGACAAUACGAUAAGAAAAAUAAAAAAGAACGCGAAACUGCCAUGUUGACCGAAUCUUAUGGUACGAUAGAUGUCAUGAUGAAAUAUUAUGGAACGAAGGAGAAACCAUCAUCACAUUUCACAUUCAAUUUCCAAAUCACAACGCUCAAAAAGUACUUAGAUGCUCGACAAAUGAUCGAUCAUUUGAGCAGUUGGAUUGAUAAAUUACCCGAAGGUGCGGCACAGAAUUGGGCGCUAGGCAAUCACGACCAAGGAAGAAUUUUCUAUCGGUUCAAUAAAGAAUAUAAUUCCGUAUUACUGGCACUAGUCACCAUGCUACCAGGAGCAGCCUCCCUUUACUAUGGAGAAGAAUUAAGUCAAGAGUUAUUCGAUUAUACUCCAGAGCACGUCAAGAAUCUCUGGGUCGAAAGAGAUCAUUUCCGUUUACCGAUGCAAUGGGAUGAUUCAUUCAACGCAGGCUUCACUUCUGGUGAAAAACCAUGGGUACCAUUACAUCCUAGUUAUUGGCUAACAAACGUCGAAACUCAGAAAAAUCAUCCUCACAGCUUCUUGAGCUACUUCAAAGAUCUCGUUUCAAUUCGCAAAACAGAUACUUUCAAAUACGGCGAUCUGAAAUUAUACGCUGUGUCGAAAUGGGUCCUGGCAUUCACCAGAACUUAUCGGCAAUCUAAAUACAUUGUUGUAUUGAAUUUGGGAAUGGAAAAUAAUUUAAUCGAUUUACACUCCAAUAUCCACGAUUUGCCAUCAACUUUGACUGUGGUAGCAGCCAGUCCAAAUUCUGGAUACAUAAAAGGAGAAAAAUUCAAGACGAUUUUAAACCGCCUCAGCAUAUCCGUUCUACGACCUCAUUCCAGUGUAGUCCUGACUUAUGUAUAAAACUGUUUCAAAACCGUUCCUGAUAACAAGACAAAACGUCAUAUUGUCAACGUACAAAUAGGUUAUCAAGAAAUUUUCGCCCAAUCGAAAAUCUCAUGUAUGUUACAGGACAAACCCGAAAUCCGGACAAACUUGUACUAGAUUCACCAUAGCUGAACCAGUCUUUCCUAUGGCUCUUGGGAGAAACCAGUUUGGCCAGUACAAAUUUCAAGAAAAACUGAAAUGGUCAAAUUAAUUUAGAAUAAAUUAGUCAAAAUUAAAAGAAAAACUAGUUAAUCCGUUCAAAAUGUGCCAGGAAAUACCAUUUCGGCACCGAUCGUAACAAAAUUUUAAAAAGUGUCAGUUUUUAUUUAAUCUUCACUACACACGAUCAAAUUUAAUUUCGUGUAUAUCUUUUUCGGGUAGAGUUGUAGUUAGAAGGGGAGACCAGGUCCACCCACAAAUUUUUGGCCUAAAUUUCUGAAAAAAAAAAAAACAUUAGAAUACAAGAAUUAUUUUUCAAUGAUGAUUUUCGUUAGUGUUUUUAAUGAGUGUUUAAAUGCGAUUUUUGAAAGAUUUCCGCUCUUACUUUUCUUUGGUAGGAAUUGUUUUUUCUUUUCUGGUCCAGAUUCCAGGGUUUUCCCAUAACAUCUAUACAUACCUAACUAUGGAAAUUCAGUCCAUGCAUUGAAUCAAUUUAAUCAAAAUCAGAGUUAUUUCUGUUGUGUAUCAAAUAUACGUAACUACCAUCGAGUU